GAGCAGACUGAAGGCGGACUUUGAAUAAUUUACCUGCAGGGGGCAACAAAUUCUCCGCAGACUAUUACAUAACCGUGAGAGAGGGGUGGAACAGUAGUAUGACGUGAUAAAUUGAGGAACAGUUCACAAUUUCUUACUCUUAAUAUUAAUUGGGGUAGAAAAGGCAAAAUAGAAUUGGAAAAUAAAACAUAAUAAGUUGUAUAGCGCAUAAAGCUAUGAACUGUACUACUACUUCCCCUUUAAGAGUGUCACAGUGAUUUGAGUGCGAUCAGCCAUUUCCGUCGUAAAGGCCUUAUUCCCAGCCGGCAGCGUCAGUCAACGCACAAAUCGAGGACCUUUUUCUUUUAAAAAUAAAUUACUAGCACAACUAUUUAGGGUAGGUGCACCACAUACAUUAAACAACAACUGAAUGCAAUGUUCUUUAAGUGAAAUAUAUGUAAUAAUAUUUGAAUAAAGCACCCAUGUUACAAAGCAGCACGAUAACAAGCGUAGCUUUGAGUUAAAAUUAGACUCAAGUCAGGUCUGAAAACAAGGAUAAUUGCUAGCGAGCAAGCUUGCUAUCAAGAUAGCAUGUUAUCUACUUGACUAGUCUGCUCAACCGAGGCGGUUUCCGUGUUUAUAUGAUGGUAUAUAUGGUUGCUGGGUGGUCAUUUUCUCCCAGACUGGCGUAAAUAGUGCAGUAAAGUUUUUCUGAUGAGUAGCCAUGGACGAAGAGGACAGCCAGGACGAGCUGAUCAACCGAAAUGCCUCCCAUGGCAAGGGAAAGCGACCGGCCACUUCCAUCCUAUCCGACUACGAAGACAACUCUGAUGAGGGGGAGGAAUCAGGGGAAGAAGAGACUGAUAGUGAAGAAGAUGAGGACGAGGGAGACAACCCUGAUGUAGAAGAUGAUGAGGACGAAGAGGAUGAGGAUGACAGUGAUGUUGAGGAUGGUGGGAAGGAGCUGGAGGGGGCGGUUGGGGGCACCUCAGCGGAUUUAGCCGGUCUGAGCUCUGACGAGGACUCGGAGAAAUGUCCCAUCUGCCUGAAUUCCUUCCACGAGCAGCCCGUGGCCACGCCUGAGAGCUGCGAGCACUACUUCUGUCUGGACUGCAUUCUGGAGUGGUCGAAGAAUGCUAACUCCUGCCCAGUAGACCGGAUAAUCUUCAAGAGCAUCUGUCUAAGGAAAUGUUAUGGAGGAAAAGUUCAGAAAGUUAUCACAGUCCAGAAGCCCGUGAAAGUUGGUCAAGAGGAGCCGGUGGACCUGGAACUGGAGCAGACGAGCUGUGAGGUGUGUGGUGGCAGUGACCGCGAGGAUCGGCUGCUGCUCUGCGAUGGCUGUGACGCCGGGUACCACAUGGAGUGCUUGACACCGCCACUGGACACUGUGCCUGUGGAGGAGUGGUUCUGCCCAGAAUGUGCAGCCAACAACCGCAACUCAAGACCUGGCCCAGCGAGUGGGGAGGAGUUUGUGUUCGGUCCCCGCCCGACCACCAGCCGAUCGCUGCCCUCUGCCUCGCGGCCCACGCGUGCCAUCGCCCGCACGCAGCAGAGCGAGAGGGUCCGGGCCAGCGUGAACCGCCACCGCAUCACCCAGGCACGCACUGAAGAGUUUACACCCAGAUACCUGAUCCAGUCCACCUGGCUGGAUGAUACCAUCAAUGCCGUGGUGGCUGGUCUGAGCACGGCCGUGUACGUGCGCGACCUCACCCCCCGGCCCGCCCCCCGCCGCAAGAGGAGGAGGAGGACGGUGAAGCGCAGGACUACCAAAAGUGGCAAGGGCUGUGAUAGUGAUGGGAAAAAAGCUGCAGGAACUAGGGGUACGAAGCGGAAACGGCGAGUUAGGAGGACCAAAUCCAGAAGGAAACAGGUUGCAAAGAAGCGGCCCACCUCUCGGAAACGAAUCGCCCACAGUCUGGGCAUCAAGAACCCCAAGAAUGGCUCCUCCAUCCCCUCCGUCUACCGUCCCUCAGAGACCACGCUGGGCAGCAUGCGGGCCGACAUCGGGGCUGCUUCUCUGUCCAUCUAUGGGGACCCAUUCGACCUGGACGAUGUUGAGGAGGAGCCCGCCCCUGUGCAACCGUCCCUGCUGGAGCUGAAACGCCGUGGCCUGUCCCGCUCUGCCAUGCGCUCGCACCAGCCUGUUGCCAGACCUGUGGCUGCGGGCCUGUCCAGGCGUGGUGUGGGCAUGUCUCAGGGUGGCGAGGUGGCAGAGGCGGCCCCCGUUUCCGACCUGCUGGGCAGCAUCAUGUCCAGCCAGAACGUCCUCAUGAUGGACAGCUCUGACGUGGUCAUCAACAGAGAUGGCACCCUCAAAGCUAUCAAACCCGUGAAUAUUCCAUCGCCGAAGUCCACCCCCACUCAUAGCGGCUGCGUGAGUGAAGCUGCCAGCACCCCAACUUACGGGGAAGCCGGCGGCUCCUCUCCCUUCCCUCACAGCUCCCCUGGGCCCAUCCUCCCUCCUCUCAUCCCGGCCUCUCCCGGCCUUCCCUCUCCUUCCUCCGUUACACGCUCCAGCCCGCACCCCCCUGGUCUCCCCAGACCCAGCUCCUCUCAGGUCCCGGGCACGUCUCCUGGCCCCAGCCACCUUCGGCAAUCCAGUAGAGAGAGGGCAGAGAGGCCGAGGGAGGAUGGACCAGCCAGAAAAGUCCCUCCCAAGCCCGUAUGGGUGGACGUGUCUGUGUUACCUCGGAUACCAAAAAUCAAGCGAGAGAGUGGCAGCCAGGCAGAGAGCAGUAGCACUAGCAGCAGCAGCAGCAGCAGCAGCAGCAACAACAACAGGAGGAGCAGCAGCAGCCGUAGUAAUGGCUUCCCAGAGGCCCUCCACAGCCUCACAGGGAACCAGGUCCGCCAGCAGACUGCUGACCAGCAGGGGGCAAGCUCGGGCCAGCAGGGGAGGACAACAGAGGCCCCGAAGCAGAGGUCAGAGCAGGUGGCAUCUUCGUCGUCCUUCACCAGCAUGUACUCCUCGCCUGCUGUUUCUUCUUCUACCUCCUCUUUCUCGUCCGCCAGCUACUCGGGAGCUUCAUCAUCUUCAUCAUCAUCGUCUUCAGUGAGCUUUCGCAUCAACGCCAGCGGGAGUUCAUGGCAAGCCCGGAGGCUAGCGGGUCCUAAUCCCCUGGAUCCAACGCAACAGGGGGAUCCGAAGAAACAGCAGGGUAAGCACACAUUUCUCCUCAAACCCCACAGCAAGGACACCUCAGUGAAGCCUGACGUGUACGACCCUUCGGACCCCACCAACUCCAACACGGAGUCCGACUCAGACAGUGAGAAACCCAGAGGGCCGGCCAGUGUUGGGUUUUGGCUGAAGAAGCCUAGGUUAUUACACAAAGAGGCAGCUAAGAAAGAAGGGACUUGCCCAGUAAAAAAAGAAACCCAGGAACAGGUUUCGAGGAGGGUCGAGGAGCACAUAGGCACUGAUGUGACGGUGAGGAAAGAGCCAGAGUCAGACGAGGAUGCACACAAUCAGGGAGAUGUGCUCCCAAACACCCAAAGUGUAUAUGAAAUACCAGGAAGCCAUGAACAACUCCUUGAAUCCCCUCAGGUGAUCAACUGCAGAAACACUGAAAAAGCUCGCUCUCCUGACCGCAGUCAGGUGAAAGAGGAACACCCCGAGCACACCUCCUUACCCAGCUCUUCCUCCAGCAGCAGCAGCUCUAGCUCCAGUUCCAGUUCCAGUUCUGACUCCUCAGCCAGUCAGAGCCACACCAGUGACCAGAAGGUGAAGACUGAGGUCAAAUCAGAGCCUGAGGAUGGUUUACACCCCAACAGAGUCAGGUCACCAUCUAGAAGCCAUCGGGCAGUGCAGGAUCUUCCACAGCCUCCUGCAAACAGCUCCUCCAAAGAGAGGAAGAGGGGGGGGAAGUCCGGCUCUCGCAGCCCAGCACCGAAGGCUUUGGAGCAGAGGAAGAGGAACUUGCGCACUCGGUCGCGCUCCCGAACCAGGGACAAGCGGCGCUCACGUUCUCGAUCUAGAGACAAAAGGCGUUCACACUCUCGAUCUCGUUCUCGAUCUAGAGAGAAGAGAAGGUCCCGCUCGCGAUCACGUUCGAGGUCGAGAGAUGAGAGGAGGUCGCGAUCCCGGGAGAAAAGACGCGUCCGCUCCAGAUCACAUUCUCGAUGCAGAGACAAACGACGUUCUCGUUCAAAAGAGAAGAGGCGAUCUCGAUCUCAUUCCCGAGAAAAGAGGCGGUCGCGCUCCAACAGUGCAGAGCGAAGGCGGAGGCCCCGCCGGGAUAGCCGCGAUAGGAACGACAGCAGGGUUAAUCAGAGCCCGAAACGCUCCAAAAACAGGAGGCACAGUCGAUCUCGAUCGCGCUCGAGGUCCAAAGACAGAAAGAGACCCCGGUCCAGGUCACGAUCCAGGGAGAGAAAGAAAGGAGAGCUUUCUUCGCAGAACUCUCAUCUGAAAGACAAAGGCCUCCACAAAAAACCCUCAUCAUCUGCAUCUGCAUCCUCCUCCUCGUUGCCAUUGGUGUCCUCCUCCAGAGACCACAGGGAGCCUGCUCAGGUCUCGUACAAGAGAAUGGCCUCAACUGGCACUGCCAAAGAGGAGAAGGCAGCUAAAGACCUGAAACAGGAAAUUCCUGUCUCGGUCAAGAAAGAGACAGACACACAGAAUGUUUCCCCAGGGGUUCUCUGGAUGGUCAAAGAAAAAGACCCUAAGGAGCAGGACAGCAAGCCCUGUUUGGCUCUGCUGAAAGAAAUCAAGCAAGAAAAACCCUGGUCCCCUCAUGUGGCUGAGUCCAAGCAAGAGGACGUGUGUUCUCCUUAUGCCUUCAAGCUAGAUUUGCAGGACCACAAAGAAAUCAAGGAUGAGAAGAUUCCCCCAACCAGACCAUCAGACCUCAAGCCAGGGAAGUCCUCCCUUGAUGACUGCAAGGCUACCUCUGCCUCUGUUCAGGUAGAAAUUACGAAGAGUGUUCAGUCUGCAAGCGUAGCCAAGUCUGAGAGCAUUUGGCCUGAGGAGGAUCUUCAGCCACCUCCUCCACCUCCACCUCCUCCAGCCACUGUCACUCCUGAACACAGUCUGAGCCUCAAGAAAGCACCUCCUCCUCUCACCACCACCACCACCAUCCCCGUCAGCCCCUCACCACCUCCAGAACCAGAGGACAAGAUGGCGGUCAAAAUGGACCUUGUGAAACAAGAGGAGGAGCUAUCAGCCGACGAAGACUUCAAUGUGGACUACAUGCUCGACAGCCUCUACCUCAAGGACAUGGGAGAGCAGGCAGGUGCUGAAGAGGAUGGGGCAGGUGCUACUGAGGAGGCCCUCUCAGACAAACAGGAGGGCCAUGACACUGUCACCCAGGUCACGGAAAAGCAGGAGGUGGGGAGCUUGGAGAAGCAGGAGACGGAGGGCGCUGUGAGCCUUGAGGGUUCCAAGUCAAAGACUUCAGUGAAGAGGGUCACUUGGAACAUACAGGAACCAGAUGGACCUCAGGGACAGAAAAUUAGCAAGCUUGCUCUUUAUAAGCGGAAGCAGAAACUGGAAGCAGCUAGGAAGGCAGCUAUCGCCACGGACAUCGCACAGAUGCCCAGCCAGGAAACCAUUGGAGCCAGAGACGCAGGCUCUCUGACCCAGGAGGAAGCCCCAGGCACGGGACAGGGGGUGUCUGCUGCAGGAGACACGGACAAGGACAUGUACAUGAAGAAGCUCCACAUGCAGGAGAGGGCCGUUGAAGAGGUGAAACUGGCCAUCAAGCCCUUCUACCAGAACAGAGACAUCACCAAGGAGGAGUACAAGGAGAUCCUGCGAAAAGCUGUACAGAAGGUGUGCCACAGCAAGAGUGGUGAGAUCAACCCCGUCAAAGUGGCUAACUUGGUGAAGGCAUACGUGGACAAGUACAAGCACGCCCGGAAACACAGGAAACCCGAGGAGGGCGUGUCAAGCGGGAGUGGGGUGGGUACUGAACAGCCAGAGGCUACAGACUCAUAGAAGCUCGGAGUGAUCACGCCUCACCAGGACAGGAAAUCUGUCAUACGCACCUGAUCAUGGUUUUUUUUUUGUUUUUUUUUAAUACAUUUGUAUCACCUCUCCCACCACAUAACCCUGUUGGGUGACUUAAGGGCUUGUCUCAUGUCCCCUAUGCAUAAGCUCUCCCCCACCUUUCAGUGCACUGCGCUUUUUUGUGUGUGUGCAUCUGUUCAUGGUCCUGUUACCACUGGGGCCACAACAACUAUGUCAGCCGUGUGUGUGUGUGUGUGUGUGUGUGUGUGUGUGUGUGUGUGUGUGUGUGUGUGUGUGUGUGUGUGUGUGUUCAUUCAUUUUCCUGUCACAUGAGAAAGUGUACAUGGAAAGAACCUCAAGAAACAUCUCUGGGCAUUGAACACCAUUCAAAAGAAAAUCCUAUUCACAGACCUGUACAAAUAGUCCCCCAUCCUAAAUUGAAGUUAGGAAAUGAAACUUCACUUCUGCAUGUAAGGGCACCACACAUCACGUAAUCCAUGCCCAGAUCCAGUCCAUCACACCAAUGACGACCUCUGAGUCUGUAUGAGAAAUCACGUGGACCUUUCAGCUCAUCCAACCGGCUCAACUACUUCAGAUUCGCGAGGCAAGAAUACUUCCGUGGAGAACCUGCUUUUGUCAUGGCAACCUACCAACCGUGCGCUUUUUCAGGAACCAUAGUUUACCGUCAGCGGACAGCUUGCCUGAGCAUCAGUUGUGAUCCGCUGUGGUGUUCAUUUUUCUGGAUAAAUCACCUCAUCAUGUUUAGAAGCCUUUUCUCUGAAAGGGUGUUCACAUCCGAAGUAUGUCCCUGCAGUGUGAAAUGGGGAUUGAAAUGUGUCUAAAUCAAGACGUUAUAAAAUCUGGAUAUGUCAACUCAUCAUGAGAUUUUUGUGCUAACCUA